GGGCGCUCACACUCGCACAACUCCAGGGCCAAUUCAGACCCACCAAUCAGCCUACCCUGCACGCUUUUGGACCAUGGGAGGACACCAGAGCCCCCGGCCAAAACCCAGGCGAACGUGGGGAGAGCGUGUGAGCUCCACACAGAAAGGACCCUGGACCGAACCCGGGAACCGGACCCAGGACAUUCUUGCUGUGAGGCAGCAGCCCUAAUCACCACGCCGCCCUACACUGCAUCCCAUUCCAUAAAUAGAGACAGUGACUGGUAGUGCACUUCACUGCCUGCUACAGUGCAACCCACUUUGUCCCUCUUAUUUAGCCAUUGCAGUUCCACAUCUAUCAGAAAGGAGGCGAGGUAGCUAAGGGGGUGGGAGGUUCAUAGGAAGUCAAAAUCUCCAAAAUACCUGAGGAACUCGUCAGGACCAGGGGUGAUAGACACCAAUAGACACCUGGAUGGUAUGAGUGGUGGUAAUCACCCAUGCCCCCCGCCUCCCCUUCUCCAAGUUAACCUGCUAAAUCCCCUCCAACAGCCUUGACAUAGUUGAAUUCAGGUAUUCAAUGAGGAAAUUUACCAUUUUCUUCUAAGGAAAAUCAUUAAAAUCAGAACAAGCUUCUCCAGACAGUAAGUGCCAUUGAUGUGUUUGUGCUUAUAGAAAAAGGAGAGUAACUUCUAUUUAAAUCGAGUGUUAUAUUAGCAAAGUAAUCGAUACAUCGUACAGCAAAAUGGGAAGGAUUCACAGUUGCCUGCCAUACCGCUUUAAGGGAGGAAGAUCGGCCCUUGUAGGAUCAGCAGUUUCCUCUUUGAAAUCUGGCACUGCUUUGCACGAAUCACUGUCAUUGUUUGGUGUGACCGGCUUGCACGCUGGAACCAUUUACUCCAGCAUGUUCAUAUUUUCACGGCUAACAAAAACAGUAAAUAAACCAUGAAACCGACGCCAUUAUGGGGAGCCAUAACCAGCGUGUUUGAAAACAUCGAGCCCCGGGACAUGCUGCCUGACGGGGCCAGAUACCUGCAGCAGGUAGAUGGAGAAAACAGCGGCGCUCCGCUCGACGGCCAAAGCCAGCAGUUACUGGUGGGAAGCAGAGUCAGGGAGAGAGACCGAUGUGCCAAAGAAAUACAUUUUGCUUUUUUACCGGAGAGAUAUGAGCCUUUGGUAGAAGAAGACGACGCAAGGGAGAGAGCAAAAGAAGAGAAGAAGAGAAAAAAGAGGGAAAAGUACAAGAAGUACAGGAAGGUUCCUGAUGACCUGCAGCCAGUGACGUGGCUUCCUGGUCCAUCUGGUAUCUGCAUGAAUAAAACACUAACGUUGGAAAGGCCCUGAGGUUCAGCUGGAAAUGCCUGGUCUCUGGUCUGCAAGGAUUCACCGUCGGAUACUGCCUUUCGCUGUCGGCAGCGGCCGUACUUAUCCCAGAUGUACACAGAGCGUGGCCCCCCAGCUGAGU